AUGCCAAUCUUGAAAGCCCCAUUAGUCAAAAUCAUCACCUUUGCUUCAAAAGUAUCUUCUUCUCGCAUGUUUUCUACAAACCCUUCUCUCAUGGAUUCAUUACAGAAACACAUCUACAUCCAUGAAUCCCAAGUUCUCCCUCCAAUCAAGAACCAGCAAAACUCAACUUCUCAAUCUUCAUUGCCUUUUUCAGACAAUGGUUUCCCAAUACUAGCCAUUGCAGUACUAGGCAUCAUGGGCACAGCUUUCUUACUAGUAAGUUACUGUAUCUUUGUGACAAAAUGCUGCUUAAACUGGCAACAAGUCGAUCCACUGAGACGCUUUUCCAUCACGCGAGCACGGCGAAGUGAAGACCCUUUAAUGGCCUACUCUCCCUCAUGGCAGAGUCGAGGACUCGAUGACUUGUUCAUUCGCGAAAUCCCAACUUUUCGAUAUAGUAAAGGAGAAGGUGAAAGUGAAGAAAGAGGAUUGUCCAAGUGUGUGGUUUGUUUAGCAGAAUUCCAAGAAGAAGAUAUGCUGAAAGUUCUUCCUAAAUGCAGUCAUGCCUUCCACUUAGACUGCAUUGAUGUGUGGCUUCAAAGCAAUGCUAAUUGUCCACUUUGCAGAUCAAGCAUUUCAGGCAGAACAACAUAUCCCAUGGAUCGAAUCAUUGCCCCGACUUCUUCACCUCAAGAUCCACAGCCCUUUGUCAGGAGCCUUGUGGGUAGUGAAGAAGAUUUUGUUGUUAUUGAAUUGAAUGAAGAAGAUGGAACAGGCAUGUUAUCGGAUAGACCACAGGACAGAAGUGACUCAAUGGAACAUUUGGUGCAAUCCAGAAGUCAUUCAUCAAGUCAGUUCCAACAGAAGCUUGGAAAAUCGAAACCAAGAAAAUCCCAUCAUGCUUCAAUCAUGGGAGAUGAGGGCAUUAAUGUGAGAGAGAAAGAUGAUCAAUUCGGCGUUCAACCAAUCAGGAGAUCUUUCUCAAUGGAUUCUGCAGCUGACCGCCAUGUUUACUUAACAGUUCAGGAGAUCAUACGGCAAAACAGGCAUCUCAGAGAGGUCAGAAACAGUGAGGAAUGCAGUAGCAGAGUUCGAAGACCAUUCCUUUCGUUUGGACAUGGAAGAGGAUGCAGAAGUGCAGUUCUUCCUAUUUAG